CAUCUGAGGGCCGUUCUUUGGACCCUUAGACGUGAGAAGUUAUAUGCAAAGUUCUCCAAGUGCGAAUUUUGGCUUCAGCGAGUGGCUUUUCUUGGCCACAUCAUUACUCCAGCAGGUAUUGAAGUUGAUCCUUCCAAAAUUGCUGCAGUCCAGAAUUGGUCAGCACCGAAGAAUUCGUCCGAGGUUCGUAGUUUCCUCGGCCUUGCAGGUUAUUAUCGCAGAUUUAUUGAGGGGUUCUCGAAGAUUGCCCUCCCUUUGUCUCAGCUGACAAGGAAGUCUGUAAAGUUCGAAUGGACAGAACGUUGUGAGUCGAGUUUUCAGGAGCUGAAAAGGAGGCUUAAGAUGGCACCGGUGUUGACUAUUCCAAAUCCUUCUCGGAGUUUCACCAUCUAUAGUGAUGCUUCGAGGCAGGGUUUGGGAUGUGUACUUAUGCAAGAUGGCCAGGUCGUUGCUUAUGCUUCACGCCAACUUAAACCACAUGAACAUAAUUAUCCGACGCACGACUUGGAAUUAGCUGCAGUUGUUCAUGCCCUCAAGAUUUGGCGACAUUACCUAUACGGCGGUCAAUGCAAAAUUUUUACUGAUCAUAAGAGCUUACAGUAUAUCUUUACUCAGAAGGAACUCAACAUGAGACAGCGCCGUUGGUUAGAGCUCGUCAAGGAUUAUGAUUGUACGAUCCAAUACCAUCUAGGAAAGGCGAAUGUUGUUGAUGAUGCCCUAAGCCGCAAGGUGAAGGGUGACUUGACAUACGUUGUUACUCAGCAGAGUCAGUUGAUCCAGGA